ACCUCUCACCAACACUCGCAGCUCAUCAAUCUAUCGAUUUUCAGAUUCUGCGGUACCCAUGGCCCGUGUUGUCCUCUUCGUGUUCUUGUUGGCCACUCUGGUGGCGGCCUCCUGGCUCCCGCUCGCCCAAUGUGCCGAGAGGGUCACAUGCUACAACUCCGGGAGAAAGUUCACCCGAGCAAGGAUCAUCAACGCGAUCAACUCAUUAUGCGCACGCUACAAAGGUCAGACUUUCGCCGACGGCCGAAAGGUGGACCAGCGCUACGACUUCCCGUCUCCCGAGACCGGCCACAUCGACAUCUCGGCCGAGGCGUUCAGGGGGUGCUCGUUCACAAUGGACGAGAACGACUGCGGAAGGCUGCUGCGACGACCCACGGACGAAUGCAACACCGGCGGCGAGAACGGCAAGCAGGGCGGCUUCGUGGAGGACGAAUGCAGGAGGUUCAAAAUGGACCCAAAUGCAUAGAGCUUAUUGUCAGCGGAUUUUCUCUCCAGAAUUCCGGUUAUCCUUCACGCUCGAUAAGAAUGCAGUCUUGUCCAAGGAAAGACUGACAUUGUGAAUCAAUAAAUAACCAAUUCAUGUAAAA